UUCAUUUUGAAGCGGCGCGGAAUCAAUUAGAUUCCACUGGUACGUACACCAAUACAACUCUAUAUGGCAAUAACAGCAUUAACUGCUCAGAACGUUAAGAAGUUGAGGUGAAAGUGGCAAAAGCCUCCAAGCGCUAGCGUGGAAGCAACGUAGCGGAGAACGGGGCUUUACAGUUGCAAGGCAGCCAAAAUACGAACAUAAGGAGACAGCUCAACAGAACUGUCAAAAAGUCUAACCCGGAGCAAGGAGCAACAGCUGUUGCUGGCCAUACACUCAUACUCAUACACUCACACACAAGCACAUACAUACGUACAAAAUGCCACACAAACAGUCUCAAAGCUGGAUUUACACCUGCCUUUUGGUCAGUAUCUUGCCAACGUUGUGCGUGGGCUUACUCGACGGUCUCUACUGUGGCAAAGAGAACUGUUACGAUGUGCUGGGCGUCACACGUGAAUCCUCAAAGUCGGAGAUCGGCAAAGCCUAUCGGCAGCUGGCACGCAAAUAUCAUCCCGAUCUGCAUCGUGGCGAGGAGGCCAAGGCGCUGGCCGAACAGCAAUUUAAGCUCGUGGCCACAGCCUACGAGAUACUGCGCGAUGAGGAAUCCCGCACAGACUACGACUACAUGCUGGAUAACCCGGACGCCUACUAUGCGCAUUACUAUCGCUACUACCGACGACGUGUGGCACCCAAGGUCGAUGUGCGCGUGGUGAUCGUGGUGUCGUUGACCGUGAUUUCUAUAAUCCAGUACUACUCUGGCUGGCAGCGCUACGAUGCUGCCAUCAAAUACUUCUCAACGGUGCCCAAGUAUCGCAACAAGGCGCUGGACAUAGCGCGCGAUGAGAUCCAGGAGCGAGUGCACAAUCGCAAGGGCAAGAAUCGCAAGAGCCUAUCGAAAACGGAACAAAAAGAGGAAAUCGAGCGGAUCAUACGCAAGGUUAUCGAGGAGAAAAUGGACGUGCAGGGCGGCUAUGCGAAGCCAACGCUAUGGGAUGUGCUGUGGGUGCAGUUGCUCAUCUGCCCGUACACGCUGUUCAACUUCAUUGCGUGGCACGCGCUGUGGUUCUGGCGCUACACGGUGCUGAAGCAGCCGUACGGCCGGGAGCAGCAGCUCUAUUUGAUACGACGCCACAUGGGCAUGGGCCAGCAUCAGUUCAAUUCACUGGAUGAGAAACAGAUCGAGGAAUAUCUGAAGCUUGAACUGUGGCAGCGCGACAAUUUUGUCGCGUGGAAGGCCGAUCAGGACGAGGACAUGAAGAAGAAAUUGGCCGAGAAUCCGCGCUACAAGGCCUACAGGCGCUACAUGAAGAACCAUGGGCCCGGUCGCAUCACCUUCGAGGACUAGAGGACGAGGACGAGUACGGCAUCUGUUGAUGUUCAAGUUUUAUUGUUCCAACGUGUCGCCAUGGGCCUGCCAACUGGCGAAGUUUUGCAAUAGCUUAAAAAACAAUUAUGUUAAUAAUUCUGGUGGCCAAUCGGAUACUGCCCGCGGGGCAGCGAUGGCCAAAACGUUGACCUCGCCACCAAAACCGGUUCCAAAAACGUGCUUACUCGCAUUUCGCCUCUCAUCUUUCAUCUUCCACAUCUGCCAGCAGAAACGUGCGAUAAACGCGAAACCGAAAACCGAGAACCUCUCUUUGUUUUUUUUUUUCUCUUCUCUUUUUUAAAGUUGUUAGCUCAAUUGUCCAAAUUUUUAUAUAGCAAAUAUACAAAACACUAAAUAUUAAAUAAAAACUAAAUAUUUAAA